AUGGCGCUCCUCAUCGCCGCGGCCUCGCUGCUGGCACUCGCGCACGCUUCGGGCCCGCAAGCUUCCUGCGCUGUAGGGCAGCAGUGCCCCGCGGGAGAGCAGGAUGACACGGGCAUGCUCCAGAAGAGCUCGCAGAUGAUGCAGGUGAAUCGGCAUGAGCAAAUGAGCGUGAGGACGACGCCCACGAACGAUGCCGAGUGCGAGGCCGUGCCGGGCAUCAAUACGGACGAGCCCAUCGUGUACGACUCCAGCUUUGCCCCGGCCUGUGCUGCUUCGAGGACCAGCCGUGCAGGUACAACAACACGGGCUGCUAUUGAGGGGAGAGCUGUUGUGUAUUAUGGGUGGCUAAGAUUUGCUGCCGCACUAGAAGGUAUGGUGAGUGAGUGA